UUGAAGCUAUCGUUAUUACACAAUGGAAUACGCUUACACGAAGAAGAGAAUGCAAUACGGGCGGAGAAGCAAUUUCUCCGACUUCGACAAGGCGGAAGUAGAAAUUAAAUCGAAUCCAGCGCUGAUGAGCAAUUACACUCGACUGGAUCCUGUGACACACGCCACGCAGUGCAGUAAGGUCUUCGCGGUUCACGAGGUGAAUACAACCACCGCGACUUACAGGGACAACAAGAUGUUCCACUACGAGGGCGGUUGGCCGAAGGAUAUAAACAUGAAGGACCUGGAGCAGACGGUCCGGUAUAGGCGCAAGAUCGAAAAGGACGAGCUGUACAUUCACACGAUGCUCCAAUUGUUGCCUUCGAUGGAGCACUGCAUACUGCAGAACAACGCGUGCAACAUCUACGAGCAGUAUUUCGCCGAUGUGGAGACCGAGCCGCUGAUACAGAGAGCUUUUUCGCGCACGGUGAACGUCUACCGGGAUCCCGUGACGAUGAAGCGGCAGAUCACCCAUCUGUCCUGGUCGCCGGAUCAGGGUAACCGUUUCGCGGCCAGUUAUUGCAGCACCAACAUCAAAAAAAGCUUCGGCAGUAAUAUGUCGUAUAUCUGGGAAGUGGAGAACCCGAACAAUCCGUACAUGACGCUGAAGCCGUUCUGCCCGAUUCUCACGCUGGAAUAUAAUCCUAAGGACAGCAACGUCCUGAUGAGCGGCCUGAUGACCGGACAGGUGGCCUGCUGGGAUAUCAGAAGAGGCGUGGAAGCGGUGGAGAUCAGCUCAGUGGAGUGCAGUCACAGGGAUCCGUGCGACAAGACUCUGUGGAUCAAUUCCAAGACCGGCACUGAGUUCUUCAGCGCCUCGAAGGACGGUCAGAUAAAAUGGUGGGAUACCAGAAAGAUGCAGACGCCGACGGAGACAUUGGUGAUAGAUCUGUUGAAGCCGGAGGAUCAAAAUGUGGACAAGGCGAUCGGCAUUUCGGCCCUUCAAUUCGAACCGUCAAUAGGAACGCGCUUCAUGUGCGGCUUAGAAAACGGUAUUGUAAUAUCGGGUAAUCGCAAAGGUAAAUCGCCCGGCGAGAAGAUCGCAACGAGAUUCAAGGCGCAGUACGGGCCGGUCAUAAGCCUAGAGAGAAAUCCGACGUUCGUGAAGAACUUCUUGACGGUCGGCGAUUGGACCUCGAGAAUUUGGUCGGAAGACUGCAGGGAGUCCUGCAUAGCUUGGACACCCGGUCAUCGAGAUUUUUUAACAGGCGGCGCGUGGAGCGCCACGCGUUUCUCCGUGUAUUUCCUGAUCAAAACGGAUGGAACGCUGGAUGUGUGGGACUUUUUAAUCCAGCAGGACAGUCCGGUCCUCAGCGUGAAGGUCUGCGAUGAGAGUUUGACAUGUUUACGACCGCACGAACAAGGACAAUUGGCUGCAGUUGCAAACAAGAAAGGCUCGACUUAUCUGCUCGAAUUUUCAGAAGCUUUGACGAUCAAUCAAAAGAAUGAUAAAUUACUGUUAACUGCGCUUCUUGAUCGCGAGACGCGCCGGGAGAAAGUGAUAGAAGCGAAGAAUAGAGAGCAACGAUUGAAAAUGAAAACGCAGAAGAACCAAGGCGAUUCGGAUUUCACCGAUAUUUCCACGAAGCCGGACGAACGAGAAGAUACGAAGGAAUCUGACGGUCUGAGGACCACGUUAAUAAUGCAAUGUGAACAGGAGUAUGAAAAUUUGAUUAACGCGGAAUUGACACGACAGACGGAAGAAAGUAACGUGGAACUGAAUAACAACUUGGUACAGAACGGCGGCGUUAUAAGUUGAAAUGUGAUUGCUAAUAAAACAUCCUUCCACGAUCAUUUCUGAUCCCUCAUCGUAGCUGCAUUGAAUCAUGAAAUGUUUUAAAUACACUACAUGUCAGAAAAAGAGGUGCAUUGUUUUUUUUCCUCUCCAAAAGUAUUUAUUUGUCCACGAUUGUUCUGUCGCGUAUUUUUAACGACUUUGUAAAGAUUUAUCUUUUCUUUAAUAUCUCUCAAGUUUUUAUCUUUUUGUUCUUGAAUAAAUCUUUCAGAAAAGACCACGUGUAUAAAUUUAUGUGAUGUAUAUUCUAAACUUGAUAAAUAAAGUUUG